AUGACCAUUGUCGCAGUCGCUGGCGGCUCCGGCGACCUAGGCCGUCUCAUUACGGACUCCUUGCUGAAGACCGGCAAGCAUGAGGUUUACAUCACAUCAAGAAAGACCGACUACUCGUCAGAGGAUGCUCUGGUCGAGCAGCUCACGGAGAGGAACGUCCGGGUCGUCAUCUGCACCUUCAUCAUGGACUGUGAUUCCGCCUCCGACGCCCAGCUCUGCCUGAUCCGAGCCGCCGAUCGAUGCCCCUGCGUCGAGCGCUUUAUCCCCUCGGAAUUCAACGUCGAGUACGACGUCGGCGACGACAUCCUCCCUUACCCAGAAAAGCGAUUCCAUGUGGCGGCUCGCCGCGCGCUCGAGAAGACGACCACGCUCGAGUACGCAUACAUCUACCCGGGCAUGUUCAUGGACUACUUCGGCCUGCCUCACGUCCCGAGCAGCCUGCGCCCGCUCUGCUUCUUUGUCGACCCGGAAAACGGGCUGGCCGUGCUGCCCGGUAACGGCGAGGCGAGGAUGAGUAUGACAUUUACGACAGAUGCGGCGCGAUAUGUAGCGCUGGCGCUCGAGCUGGACAAGUGGCCGCGUGUCAUGACCACGGCGUCGAGCACCGUCUCGUUGAACGAGCUCGUCGCGCUCUUUGAGAAGAGUCUCGGUCGUAAACUCCAGGUGCGGUAUCAGCCAGUGGAGAAACUGCUCAAGCACGAGGCUUUCGACCUCCCCACGAACGUGGGUAUAGCAAGUCGCUUCCCUGACCGGUUUCCCGGGGGGUUGGAACAGCUGCGGGGGCUUAUCGCUGAUCUCGAAGCCGGCGUGGCGCUUGGGGGAUUUGACUUUGGCAAGCUGGGGGGGCAUCUUGACCUGGUUGAAGCGUUUCAGGAAACGGCCCCCGCGCCAAGGUUGAUCGAAGACAUGGUAGAGGAGGCCUGGAAGGAUUCAAGGGAGCAGCCGUACGGAUUCCAAGAGGUGCUUUACAACGCCAUCUCGGUAACCCCCGGAUCACCGGGCCUCUUCCUGAUAGGCUCGUCCGUCACCUUCAGCCACACGGCUUCCUCUCCCCUUGGCGAGCUCUCCCCCGACGCCCUAGCCCCUCUGCUCCGCAACGCCUGGCUACAGGUGCGCCAGCAAUACCCAGCACUGGCGGCCCACAACCCUCUGGAGGGCAAGACAUACACGUCCCCGUCAUCGCCAGCGGACCUCGAAGCCUGGCUGGCCGCCACCUUCAUCGUGAUCCCCGACAAAAACAAGACAUGGCAUGACCUCUGGAAGACCCUGGUCAAGACGGCGCACAUGACCAUGUACUACCUCCCCCAAACACGCCAACUCUUCCUCCAAGGCGAGCACCACACGCUCGACGGCCGCGGACUCAUGAACUUCUGGGACCGUUUCUUCCGCGCGCUCGCCUCCCCCACCCCCACGCACUCCCUCCUCCACCGCACCGAUGGCUCCGAAGUCACCCGCCUCCCCCCCCGCUCCGACGACCUCCUCAACACAACCUCCCACCCGCCCAACCACGGCGAGCAGCGCGCCGCCAAACUCCUCGCCCCGCUCGCCGCGCUGACCGCGCCAAUCUCGCUCCCAGUGCGCACCCCGCUGCCGGCGCCCUCCCCGCACAACGCGGCCCGCACCCUGCACGCCCCCGCCGCCACCACCGCCGCCAUCCGCGCCGCCUGCAAGGCCCAGCGCCUCAGCGUCACCGCCGCCUGGCACGCCGCCGCCGUGCUCGCCACCCAGGCCAUCCAGGCGAAGCGCUCCGCGGGGAACGUGAGGGGCACGCAGUUCGCGUGCUUCGGCAACUUCGACCUGCGCCGCUACUUCCCGUCGGACGAGGACGACGACGCGCCGAGCGCCCUGAGCAACCACCACGGGGUGCUUCCGUACGUAGUGGACGCAUCGCCGGGGCGGGCGUUCAGCGCGAUGGCGCGCGAGCUGGGCGCGUUCUACGGGCAGGACCUGGGGCGGGGAGACGGGGCGGUGUGGAGCGCGCUGGGGCCGAUGGUGCGGCGGAUGGUGCCGGCGUUUGCGGCGCUGGCGGCGGGGGCGCCGAGCGAGGAGACGACGCCGGCGCUGUCGAGUCUGGGGGUGGUGGAUGAGUUUGUGAAGAGUAGGUAUGGCGCGUGGGGGGUCGAGGAGGUGUGGUUUGGGGAUACGGUGACGGGGCCGUGGCUGGAGCAUUUCAUGUGGGCGUGGCGGGGGCGGUUGGUGCUGAAUUCGUGCUAUAAUCCGGCGUUUUACUCGCCUGAGGAGGUGGAGGAGUUUAACAAGACGGUGUUGGAGGUGUUGUUGGACGGGUUGGGCGUGGCGGAACGCGGUAAGCUUUGA